AUGUACUCAAAUUCGAUACGCACCGGCCUCUCCGCGUUUCUGCUUCUGCUCAUCCUGGGCCAAAGCUUCAGCCGACCUCUCAGCGAUUUGAAACGUCGAGCGGAUGUGCUGGGGACUGGAAUCACAUUUACUAGAAAGACUAGUCAAUUUUCACAUCCUCGUCCUUUCCGACAGUCGCUAACCUCUUCUUCUGGAGACACCAACGAUAAUUAA